AUGGCCUCUAAAUCAUCUUCAUCCGUUGAAAAGAGCUUCAAGUACGACGUAUUUAUGAGUUUCAGGGAUGAAGACACCCGUAAGACCUUUGUUGAUCAUCACUAUCAUGCUCUUAACCAAAGAGGCAUUAUAACUUACAAAGAUGAUGAAAAAAUCAAGAAAGGGAAAAGGAUCAAUGAUCAGCUCAUGAAAUCCAUCGAAGACUCGAGAAUUUACAUCAUUGUUUUCUCUGAGAACUCUGCAUCUCCAUCGUGGUGCUUAGAUGAGCUCGUCAAGAUUAUUGAAUGCCACAAGAAGACCAAGCAGACUGCUUACCCCGUUUUCUUUAAUGUGGAACCCACCGAAGUUCGUCACCAAAGUGGGUGA